CCUCAUUGUUCUCUUGAACGUGACCCUUCCCGAUUAUGUUGCAAAUACUCUUUGGAUUUGCCAAAGUGCCUCCGUUCUCACAUAUACUCAUCACUACACCGUCCUUUUACUCGACAGCAAAUACCAGCUUUCGUCGAAGCAAUUUCCGGUGAUGACUACUUUAUGGUACAUCAUAACCCUGUUCCUCCUCUGGAUGAUAUGGCUGGCCGCCAUCACAUUCACGUUUUUUGUCGUCUUAGGAUACACUGGCUGGCAUUGGCUGUCGGGGGUGCAGGGGUUCGGAUACAUCGCAGAGCUGAUGUUGACAGUCAUCGAAGCAAAUAUCAUCUUCUUCAUGGGGUAUGCAUGCUUCUGGGAGAGAAAACAUGCCAAGAAGGUGUAUGACGAGACCCAAUUGCAGGAUGGUUUACAUCUGAUGAAUACUAAUGGAGGUUGACUGUGCCAGCAUGAAACUCGUCCGUGGCACUAUGAUUAGACGAAAUUCUAUACAACUUCUCUCAAUAAUAACGUGAUACUGAUUGUUAAAAUCCUUAACAGGUAUACGCGACUAUUCUCAUUAGAGAAGGGUACCCUCGUCGCCAUUGUAGCUAUAGUUUUGGAAACAAUAACGCUCGGUGUAUUCAGAGCUCAAGAGUCAACUUGAAAAAGAGUAUGCCAUUCCUCUGGCGCAUCAUAAACUCUCUAUACUUUCGGCAUCGCUUGAGACAGUGUCACU